GCUUUAUCAAGAGCACAGAGCCGGAUAAAAAGACGGCGUGUCAUGAAGGUCAUAUCUUGGCCCUUAAGCUGAUCAUGUAUUUCCACCCUAUGUUUACACUGCCUGUCAUUUUGCUUGUCAUUAACAUCAUUGCAAAUUCUAUGUCUUCAGCUACAAAGAGACGUCAGCCCAUCACCUCGACUCCAUCAGAGGUGCGGUACCAUGGCCAGCUUAAUCUGACCUUUGGCUAAUACAACGGUCAAAGCUGGUGGAGAAUGAUGUUGGGUACAUGUAGUUAGUUGGUUACUUGCAGUAAACAAAACCAACACAUUCAAGAUUUGUUUCCGACCGUCAUCCUUUGAUAAAAUUAUUUGUAUUUAUUCACUGCGUGUAAUGAUCUGUGAUAAUUAAUCAUUUUGUGAAAUUUUAGUAUCCUAGAUCUCCACAUAAAAGAAUGCCUACAUCCUGACAAAAACGAGCUAUGGCAUGCUAGAAGGAUCUUCUCCUUGGGUAUGUGCAGCUGUUUCCACAGGUCUCAUGCCACUUCGAGAUAAACGUGGACGCGAUCAUUUAUGGGCAGGGCCGCUUUAGAUCGUUCACGUAUUUGGAGAUGUGGUAGUGGUGCACAAGAGCCUUCAAGCUGUACCACAAGCUGGGACCACCAAAGAGAGGAAAAUGGCACUGGAGGCAAACUGCUCUGCGCGGCAGUGGCUGGUGAUGGAGGAGAAGGACAUCAUCACAAAGACACUGAAGCGCUUCAGGCGGUACAUUCUCGACAAAGAGAAUCCUCCCCAGGACCAGCCCCUCCUGAAGCAGCUGCCAGCUCAUCAGGGUCCAAAGGUGUUAGUGUUGGUGCGGAUGAUGUUCUGCUGUUGGAAGCUCUUGCCUCCUUUGAAGGAGAAGCAUCAGGAGAAGCAGGGAGAAGAAAAAAAGACUCUGGGGGGAAAAAAAAGGCCCGUUCAGAUCCUCCACAGAAGCCACACACAUUCCCUGUUCGGUCAUCAGCUGCUCCAGCAUCAGCUCGUGGAGUCGAACAUGGAAGGACAUCAAAUGUGACUGAUGCUGAUGUGAGGGCUACAUGUGUGGUUGGUCCUGAUGUGACCUGUGCAGCACUUCAGCCUUGUCUGGACACUGCAACACCAGACACAGCAGGAGAUACUCCACGUCACGAGGUAGCUGUAAGUUUAGGCUCCUGCAUCAGCUCCUGAUGUCGAACAUGGGAGGACAUCUAAAAUGACUGAUGUUGAUGUGAGGGCUGCAUGUGAGGUUGGUCCUGAUGGGAGUGGUGCAGCACUUCAGCCUUGUCUGCGCACUGUAACAUCAGACACAGCAGCAGAUACUUCACGUCAUGGGGUAACUGUACGUUUAAGUAUGGUUGGGGCUUCACAAAGCAGACAUCAUGUGGCUAAAGGAGGAUGAAGACAGGGGACUCUUACAGAAGGCAAUGUCCUAUCAAAGAUAAGCACGGCAACAGAAGGUGGAGGAAUGUUCUGAAGGAUGACAGGUUGUGGCUUCUACCUCCCGAAUUACCUGGGAUCUGGAAGGGAAAGUCCCCUCAGCAGAUUCGUUUUUUUUCACAGCUCUGUGUUUUUCUGGAGACCAGUUCGAGUAUGGCGUCACAGUCUUCGCUGUCCUAGGUCUGACUGCCCAGCACAGUCAAGUCAGAAUACAUUCUUGUACCGUUGUGGGUAUUCCAUAACGGUCAGACAGAUCUGCAACAUCUCUGGGUGGUACACCAUGUUGACUGAGGUCCUGGCAUGUAAGGCAUGCAGAAAGGCAGCCAAGGAGUCAGAGGAACACUCUCAGUCGUUUUCUGUCAUGGGAUGCAUGCAUCAUUGACCAGCUCAGUCCAGCUCACAGAGCUGUGUUCCCUGCUGUCUUAACAUUACGGUGACUGCAUAUUUCCAAUGUAACUUGAUGUCUAAAUGAUUGAAAUUGAAGAACUUUGCGAGGAAUACCUGCAAAGAAAAGACUUCUACAUCACCCCCCUUAGCCAGUACAAAAGACCCGGGAAGAUCACAAGUCGGAGUUAAUGGUUUUCGUUACUGAUUAGGAAUAUAUAUAUGACACAAACACAGUAUGAGCCCUCACUUGCAAUAAAGAUCAAAUAACCUAAUAACCAACCAGUUGUUCUUUAAACCAUCAUUAUUGAGGUAUGUGCAUGAACCAUUCAGUUUUUCUUUAAACCGUCGGUAAAGAAGUGUGCAUGGGUGCGUGCGUGGUCUCUGCUUUCAGGGACUUUGUGCCAACAAUUUCAGCAACUACCACGGAGAGAGCUGGCAUCAUCAAGGCUGCUGAGGAAAGCCUUUCUUCUUAGUGAAGUUGAAAACAUUGAGGACUAUCGAGCACAGAUCGUGUCCACGUUUGGCAAAGUCUUGAAAUACGACUCCACCAAAAAGAUAUGCAAGAAACUUUCCGGAGGCGGAAAAGGCACUGCGGAAUGGUGCACCAACGUGGCCAACGAGAUGGGUCAGAUCCUCACAUCAGUCCUGACCUGUGAGGAAUCGCUGCACAAAUUGCGCCAAUGGCUGAAGGCCUCAUGGAACGUUACAGAAAAGCUGGCGAGACACCUCCUGAACUCAUGUAUGUUGACCGUUGCUGUUGUCGUGUCCAUGGUGUGUCUUCAGUAGAACAGCUCUUCAGUGAUUGGACAGACGCAGGUAUGCUGGUACGGCUUGACAUCUUUCACUGGAUCCAUCGUUUUGACGCAGCUUUGCGGACGGAUCACCACCCGAAAUAUGCUCUGUUCAAGUCUUCCCUAUCUGCUACUGUCUUUGCAUACAACAAGGACGAUAUGGCACUACUUGUACAGGCCAUACGCGCAGGUCACCCAACCAGCUAUGCUUCCCUGAGUGACAGCCAGAUCAUCGAAAUCCAUGUCAGCAAGUCAGAUAUGAGCCAUCACGUUAGGAGGAUUACAGUUGGUGUACAGGAAACAUGUGCACGUGUCAACAGUGCCAUUGACAUCCUUAAGGGAUCUGCUGGGAUGGAUGAGAACCAGGUUCAUCUGUUCAAAGAGGCUGCAACAAUCGACCACAUCUGGGGGAACCAACAAAAGCACCUUGAGUGCAUACAAGAUCCAACGGGGAGAAACAUGUACACCAUCACAAAGUAUGUGACCCGUACUAGUGUGCGCCUUCCACGGUACAGCACGGUGAGAGGGAGCAACAGUCUGGAAGGCUUUCACUCUUUUCUGCCCAAAAUGAUUCCUGGGCCCCACAGCGCAGCUGUCUCCCAAGUGUAUAUCCUAGCUGGCAUUGCACGCUUGAACUCUGAUAGGGAGUCAGCAAGUGUCAAAGGUCAAAAAGGAGAAAGCACAAGGUGUACGUUUCUCCUCUAGUACAUCGACUGAACCAGAGGUGUCAGGAACUGUUUGGGGAGGUGGAGGAGACCAACUUCAGACGAGCGUAUUGGUCUGGAGUAUCUGUUCUCUCAAUCAUCAGAGCCUUUCAGUGCACAUGCACAUUAUGCUCAGACCAGAGAGACACUUCAAGCAGAAGAAGAUGGACCUGAUUAGGUUU